AAAUGGUUUUGUGGGGGAGGAAUUGUAACCGGCGAGAUGCUGCUCGUACGACUGCUGGCAGCGCUGUUGUCCUGUGUCCAGGGCUCCUUCUCCCUCACCACCACGGACACCCCCACCAUGGCCGACCCCUCCUCCCCGGAGCUCGUGGCAGAGACGUGCUCCGUGUGCGCGUGCAUGUCCGUGGAGAACGUCCUCUACGUCAACUGUGAGAAGCUAACCGUGUACCGACCAACGCAGCUGAUCCCGCCCGUGUCGCAGCUGUAUCAUUUGAACUUUCAGUACAACAUUUUGAAUAUCCUGUACCCGAACUCUUUCCCGAAUUUCACCCACGCUGUGUCGCUGCAACUCGGCAACAACAACCUCCAGAACAUCGAAGGGGGAGCGUUUUCCGGGAUGAGCUCUUUAAAACAGCUUCAUUUGAACAACAAUGAGCUCAAAGUGUUGCGGGACACAUUUAUCGGCGUGGAGAACUUGGAAUACCUCCAGGCCGACUACAAUUUGAUCAAAUACAUCGAGAAAGGAGCUUUUAACAAACUCCACAAGCUAAAAGUGCUAAUCCUCAAUGAUAAUCUAAUACAAGCGCUACCAGAUAACAUCUUCAGGUUUGCGUCACUGACACAUCUGGAUAUAAGAGGGAACAGGAUCCAAAAGCUGCCGUACAUUGGAGUUUUGGAGCACAUCGGCAGAAUUGUAGAACUGCAAUUGGAUGAUAACCCUUGGAACUGUACCUGUGACCUAGCGCCGCUCAAAGCAUGGCUAGAAAAUAUGCCGUACAAUAUUUUUAUCGGGGAAGCUGUGUGCGAAACGCCAAAUGAUCUGUACGGGAGGCUACUGAAAGAGACUAACAAGCAAGAACUGUGCCCGAUGGGGACCGCGAGCGAUUUCGACGUGAGGAUGCCGCCGUUGCCAGGUGACAAUGGGCCUUCCAAAAUGUCCCCCACAACCAUAAUGCCAAUGGCUACAAAAUCACCAAAAACGACAGACUCUUCUAAAAUUUACGGUAAUGGUAUUGUGGCUGGAUUACCGCCAUUCGGAAGAAAUAGCCAAAUCGUAUCGUUUCAAACCCGGACGCCGCCUAUAAUGUGUCCGCAACCUUGUAGCUGCAAGGCGCAUCCUUCAGAUUUUGGAAUAAGCAUCAGCUGUCAAGAACGCAACAUCAAAACGUUAUCAGAUCUUAUGCCCAAACCUCCCAAUGCGAAAAAACUGCAUUUAAGUGGGAAUUACAUCAGAGACAUAAGCCCCAACGAUUUCCAGGGACUUGAAGGACUAGACCUCCUCCAUCUCGGAAGCAAUCAAAUUGUAACUGUCCCGAAUCGCGUUUUUGCCAACCUCACCAACCUACGGAGACUGUAUUUAAACGGAAACCAGCUAGAACAGUUACACCCUGAGAUGUUUUUAGGUCUGACCAACUUGCAGUAUCUGUAUCUGGAGUACAAUGCGAUUAAAGAAAUCCUAGCUGGAACUUUUGACUCAAUGCCCAAUCUGCAGCUCCUUUAUCUCAACAAUAACGUCCUGCGGAGCUUGCCCGCUUACGUAUUCGCCGGUGUACCUUUGGCGAGGCUAAAUUUGAAAAACAAUCACUUCAUGACUCUACCUGUGAGCGGAGUGCUGGACCAGUUGCAGUCAUUGACCCAAAUAGACCUAGAAGGAAACCCGUGGGACUGUUCGUGCGAUUUGGUUGCGCUAAAACUCUGGCUGGAGAAGCUAAACGAUGGAGUAGCAGGUAAAGAGGUGAAAUGCGCAUCACCCGUGCAGUUUUCCAACAAAGAAUUGAAAACCUUGAAAAGCGAAAUCCUAUGUCCAAAACUGAUCCAUAGGCGUCCGUUUAUUCUAACAAGCGCGACUCCAGUUUUGACUUCCUUGUCCCCCGCGGGAGUCGGAAAAGCAGCCAACGGCGGACCUGUCCCACUGUCGAUAAUGAUCCUGAGCAUUCUCGUAGUGCUUAUAUUAACUGUUUUCGUGGCCUUUUGUCUCUUGGUGUUCGUUUUGAGGCGGAAUAAGAAACCGGCUGGAAGGCAAGAAGGCCUGGGCAGUCAAGAGUGCGGGUCGAUGUCAUUGCAACUCCGCAGACACAACCACAAAUCGGGGAAAAAAUGCGCGAUUCCCGGUGAUGAUUUGGGAGGAGAGACUUUUAUCCCGCAAACUAUCGAACAUAUCGGGAAGAGCCACACGUGCGGGAUCGGCAGGAAUUCCGAUUUAGACGCGGGGUUCAAGUUUGCGGAUUCACAGAGGCAAAAGAUCAUCCUGCGAAACUGUGAUAAGGAUAAGGACGCUUUAUCAACUUUGGAGCGAAAUAAAAGACUCAGCACCAUUGACGAACUGGAGGAGUUUCUUCCCAACAGAGAGCCGAGCAUGUUUAUUCAAAAUUUCCUGGACAGAAAAAGCGAUUUCAACAGUAUAGGGAUGGGAGGGUAUGAGAUACGCUAUCCAGACAGUAGAAGUCUGGAUAGAAAGAUGAAAAAGACGUCACUAAUCGGCGGGAAUCAUAGCAAGAUUGUGGUGGAGCAGAGAAAAAGUGAAUAUUAUGAGUUAAAAGCCAAGCUCCAAGGCACGCCGGACUACCUACAGGUGCUAGAGGAGCAGACUGCGUUGAGCAAAAUGUAA